AUGCCUUAUACGGGUUCUGAAGUCCAUCUGGCACCUUCAGAUGCCAGACAUAAGUUACAGAUGCGCCGACGGCGCCAGGAAUCCGGUCACAAUCGACGUCAGCUUACUGAUCUCAUAAAACCGGAAUCUGAAGUGUUUGACCGCCAAUUCAGAGGCGGAGCGAAGCGAACUUUCGAAUCGGGUUCUGCAUGGGAUCGAAACAAGCGUUCCUUUCCUCGACAUUUUGACUCAAGUAGGCGACGAGAAAGAAUCAGUCCGGAACCAUAUUCACUGGAGACAUUUUCGUCCAUCGCCAGUGCGGUAAUCCCUCGUCUAAAUACGCAACGACCAGGGUCACCAACUGGUCUGCCGAAUACAUCCUUCAGAUCAUCGGUUCGUCUGCGUGGCCAACAGUACACUAGGCACGGGAGAAAUGAUUCUCGAGCUGUACAGCGUGAUAGUAGCAACCCAUUGACCUCGCUUGAUCUUAGCAAUCCUCAGCAUCUUCUCCUAUGCUACAACCAACUUUACCAACAGUACUACAAGUCAUACACUGCAGCAGCUAAUGCGGCUGCUUUAUCGUUUUCAAGCGGUGUAUGUCCCAAUAAUCCGGAUCUGAUGAAUGCUGCUGCUGCUACUGCGGCCGCGGCCGCUGCACAAGCGUCCGCAAAACUGCCUCCGGAUCUGAUGACUCUCGCCGGUGGAUCGACCAGUUCGUCCUCACGUUUCGAUCGACGAUCACGGUUUGCAAAACCGUUUGCUGCACCGAAGCAUUCGCGCAGCUCGACUCGUCACCGUGGCGAGAAACUCGACACACGCAGUUUUAACGAUGUCCGUUCGGAUACGGAAACGAGCAAGAAGAAAGUACAGACACGUUCACCACGUUCGCAAGUCUCUCGAAAGUCGAGAACAGGAGCCGUAUCUAAGAAGUCCAAAUCAACAGCACAACGAACCGGAGACUCUGUAGGACAGGCGUCCACCACCGGUCUACAGUCACGUGUGGUUGUCAACAUAUAUAAUCAUCACCACCCAUCGGCUACCUCCCGCCGUCACUCGGCUAAGGCUGCCGCGACCACAAUUGACGUACUGGAUGAUACGACGACCAGCACUGGUUUAUCCCGUCUGAGCGCUUCCCUCAAAUCGAAAAAGCGCGUGAAUCGGGUCUCUGGCGUCACUGUUCAGUCUAAGCCUAAUGCUUCCUCGGAGGAAAGUCCGUCCACGGAGUCUGGUGCCCCCGGAUCCGGUCAAUCUCAAGUCGAUACGGCGGCGGAAAAAUCAAAACAGGACGAUACAAGUCAAGUCCCACUGUCGUCCAACACGGAGAAUGCUAGUUGUACAGAUACAGUCGUUGAAACCGUACAAGUUCAGCAACCGCAGUGCUCAACCGAAUUGGAAACUGUACGUGACCAGACUGCCGCAUCGGAUGACACAGAGUCCACGGAAGAAGGCGAGGCGAAAGAUGAUGAUGACGAUGAAGAGGAGGAGGAGGAAGAAGAAGAGGAGGAGGAGGAUGAUGCGGAGACAGAAGAGGAUGACGAGACGGUAGGCGAUGCUGAGGAAGACGCGGUGGUCGAAACCGAUGGUGAAGCCGCCGAAGAUGAGGAUGAGGAUGAAGCCUCUGAGGUGGAUGAACGGGAAGGAGAAACCCAGAGAAAUAGUCAACACAAUGUUAUCAGUCGUUCCAAAGUUUGGGUUGGAAGUCGUAAAGAACGAUUAAAUGCCGAUGCAGAUGAGAUAGGAGAUAGAGAGAAAUCAGGCCGUUCCGGUAUACGCGCUCGAGGUUCAGUUGGUGUCUCCCAAACCCGCUCUAAUCGUCGCGUUGAGGUCGUCCCGUCUGAUCCGCUAUUGUUGGACUUAGUUUCAAGUGAUCGUCACGCGCUUCUGCCUACACCGGUUGCCGGUUUUGUACCUGCUCAGUCUACGUUAUACGGCUCCGGGGACGUUCCAUUCUGGCCUAACUACCCAGCCAACAUGCUGGAGGCGGCUGCCUUGUUGUCCUCCCUGUGUCCGGAUUUACUGGCUGCAUUAAAUGCACGUCCACAGGGCGCUGUGGAUAUCACUCAAACAAAUACCAGUACAGCUCAGCUGCGUCAAUUUCAGGAACAAUUGGCUCAGUUAAAUCCUUCAUUGGGGGCUGAAUUCAGUCGACUGACAGGUAUGGCCUCCAGUUUGACACACCGGUCUCACAGUCGAGAUAACGCGUCACAGCGCAAAUCCAACUCUCGUCGUCCAGCCGGAUCGAAACGGGUUCGUUCGAAGCGUUCUGCUGAACCAAACGCUGAUCUCACUACCAAAGCCAGUCCACCUUGGUCCCGGGAAAAGCUUUCCGAUGAUUCUCGUGAACGAACUCAUUCUGUAGCUCAUUCUCGAUCCUCUAGCUCUUCAGCGAUUGAAACUGCUUGUCGAGCAAAUCCACUUAUGCGUUCGGCCUCUGUAACUGAUUUAUCGAAUCCCAGUGCUCUUCGUAUGACCAAGGACAAUUCCCCCAUCUCAGAUGUGGUUCCCAGUGUGAUUAGAGGAGAUUGCACUGCAACAGUGGAGGAGAGAGACCAUUCGGGUAGUGUUACUCCUGUUGUUGAUGAUGAUGAAACGGUGCAAACUGCAGAACCAUCGGACUUAGAUGAUAUCAGUCCGCGCGUACCUCGUGGGCCGCGCACUCCAUCCAGCCCGCCCAUAUCCUCACAGGAUGAAGACGCUGUGGACAAUGCGGUGUCGGCUAUCGCACAUGGUCGUCCGGAACUGGUUCGUCCAAAUCUACAUAGGGCACGAGGAUCAUCGUCUACUGAGUCGAGUAACAAGAGUGAUGUGGUUAGAAAAAGCCGUGGGUCUCAACGUGUAUCCCGUCCACUUCAGUUGUCAUCAAGGCCAUCUAGUGGUCAUGCACAAACCACGGUGAAGCCUGCAUGUGGUCAGCUGGAAGAUCUGAGCUCUGAUGAGGAACUGCUUCGCAGUGGACCGCGGACUAGUGGAUCACGUCAAAAUAGACCGGGCAGCUCUGGAAACCUCUCAGAGCAGGAUCAUACGAAUUCUCGCGUUGGAACUCGUAGUCGCCGAUAUCGUCGUCGACCAUCGUAUCAGGAAGGUUUGGGUGAUUAUCUAUCCGAUGAAUCUCCUAGCACUGCGAGAUCGGCUCGCGCUGCCGAAUCUCAUUCGCGAUCCUCCGUAUCACGCUCUAGUGAUAACGAAAGGUCUGUCUCUGGUGAUAGUCGGCCUCCUGAUUCUGUACCGACUACUUCUCGAAGUCAAAGUCGUGAGUCGUCACCCGCAGCAGUUGGUCCGGUAUCCCACGGUAUUGAUCGUGACCGUACACGUAAAGGUGUACCAAUUGAUCGCAGUGGUCGAAUGACUCGUCGUGUAGAAAAUUCCAGUUUAGAUCGCUCCGAGGGCUCCUUAGCACAAAGAUCUCCUCAACGCGGACGACAGCGGGGACAAAAGUCCAAUGCUCGUCGACAAACCGGAUUGCAAUCACCAUCUGACUGGGAUUCGAACAGUACUUAUGCUCGAGCGAAGCGACCUUGCCUGACUGCUUCCGUAAACCGGAAUGCCCUACCUAGGAGUGCAGCCUGGCGACCGGAAUCACACCGUGCACCGAGCAACAGUAGCAAUCGAUAUUCCAGACGCCGUCGUUCGCCAUCCCAAGACCCCUCUUGGCACGGUUGUGCACCGAGUUCAGAAGAUUCUCAUCGCGGUCGAUUACAGUCCGGAGUAAACAAUCGAAAUCCUCGUUUGCCUACAUCCGGUCGAAUGGACGGACCGCAGUCCACAGCUCGGGCACGACGUGAUAUCGCUUUACUCCGAAGACCGGAUGAUAAUUUCAACUCGACACGUUGUCACCACACAGACAGCCGGAGAAGCCCCUUGGAUCCGGCAUUGGAUGGUGGUUCGCGGCACUGCAGUGCGCGUGGGCGUCCGGACAACUCUAAGAUCAGUCGAACACGUAGAGCGUGGAUCGGUACUCGGGAAGAGACUGGUCCGGAUCAAAGUGAGACCUCCGCAGACAUGCAGCGAUGGGUAUCUAGCUCCGGGAUACGCACACCCACAGACACUAGCAGUUUACCUAAGGAUGCACCCGGGCGUCGUCCGGUAAAAUCGGCACGGCACGUAAGGGAAACUCGACCGUCCGGUGCCAGGGGCUCCCGUUCACGUCGUGGCAACCGACGACGCGGAGAGGAUGCGGUUCCCUCGGAUAGGCGUGAAAAGCAACGUCUGCAACCCUGCACCAAUUCGGAUCGAUCGCAACACAGUUCGUGCGAUUCUGUUUCCGUGAACCGUUCUCGGUCUUCCACUCAUCCCCCAUCAUUCAAACACGACCCUGCUGUGGAUUCGACGGGUUCGAAUGCAAAACGUGGCACCAGAAUGUCUCCCUCGGCUACCCGUCGCGCAUUGACGAAUAAGGAUCCUUUUCAUCCAGUUACAGCACGUCAAAUAGUUGCCACCGCUUCAGUUGAAUCGUCUGACCCCGGUUAUUUAUCACGUCCGGCUUGUCCACAAGGAAACGUUUCUGGUAACAUUGUUCGCUCACCUCUAGGAGUCACUACUUCGGCUCCGCUCGCCGGUCCUUAUUCACCUCGGUUAGUGAUUCGCAGUCAGCCAACCACUGUACUGCCUGCGGAAGCAUCAACCACUCAGACGCCAAUAAAGCCCACGUGUACCCGCUCGACUUCACUCCUCAGUCCUCCUCCAACACGAGUUUCCUCGUUUCUCGGUCAAACUCCGUCCUACCACUCAGUCUAUUUCUCCUGUGAGCAGUCAUCAUCGCUCCAAUCCAGCUACACAGUUCGCCAACCCGUGUUGCAUGUUCCUUCUCAUACAGUUUUGCGUUUGUUCAGCUCCGGCCUGCUCGAUCAUAUUCAGCCUUCUGCCUGUGUAGUUGCAUUUCACAUCGAGCCACAUUCGGUCAGUCAAUUGGGUUACUGUCUCAACACACAACCACUCAACGACUGUAGUCCUCGUCGUUCCUCUUCGGAACGGCUAGUUAAUACCAGCAGUUUCCCGCGUCUCUCGCCCCCAGUUCCGUUUCAAGAUCCAUCUACCAGUGCAUUCGGGGAUAGUUCACUUUCCGUAUCACCCGCAUCGUCCUCUUUCAGUGAAUCAGUUUACUCAAUCGAGUCAAUCGAUUCCAUCGAAAGUGAUAAAUACGAAAGUUUACAAGACCGAACAGAUCCACUUGUGUUUUGUGGUGGACGAUUCGUUCCCGCACCCACAGCGUCAUAUCCAGGACCGUCGGUAUCGUUGACGAUUCGAAAUCUUGUACUUCAAGAAUUAACUGAAACCUCCUCUAGCUCAACUCCAUUCAUACGUGAACCUGUUUCUGUUGCAAUUGCCAAAUCGAGCUUUUGCACCGCGAAUCCGGUGACUAUGUCCACAUCUGCAUUGCCUCCACGAAUACCGGGUCAGCCGGCUUCAACUACAACUACAACAGUCCGACCUACUGCCCCCCUUACCAGUAGCACAACCGACGCUUCCACUCGUGUACGACGUCUAGAUAGCGUCGCCUCUCGCGAGUCUUCCUACUCCCCACCGGCGGACCGUAAAGGUGCAUCCACACGCCGACCGAAUAAAGCCACAAUUGGUGUACAACCUGACGAAGUUAAUGCUGCUUUGCUUCGAAAAUUGGAACACGCUGCCAUGAAUGCUACCACAACGAACUAUGGUAUUGAGUCUGGUUAUCUGGAUAAUGAUGUGUUUGAUAGUGGUGAUGAGGAUCUUGAGAAUGAAGGUGAUGAUGUUAUACUUCUGUUGGCAAAAUCCACUGCGCACUUGCCAGCGCAAACUUCUAACGAUUCAAAUGCCAAUGAUUAUUUACCAUCUUCCUCGUCUGCAACCUAUCAGACACCAACUCAGCAACUUUUGCGGUUGCUUACAUCCGGCAGUCAUGUAAUCAGUUUGAAACCCAUUAAAACAGCUAUACCACACGGCCGGAAAGUGGUCAAUUCGGUUGCCGUGCAGACGGAUCCGAUGCAUGUAGUGUGCCAAAGCUGCGGGGCUCAACCGCGUUCUGUUCCUGCAAAACCCGCUCAGGCACCGAAAUCGCAAGUUCAACCAGGUAAAACAACUACAGCGAAGCGAAUAGUGUACGCGGGGGUUAUGGAAGUUAUGCCAGGCGUGAUUCCGUUGUCCCGGGGUAUAUCUCUUCGUCGUCCGCGUAAUUCUCAAACUACGGUUCCGAACACAUCAACCGCGCAAACUACAAUGCGUUUUCGUUGGCCAGCGGACGGUGAGAUUGUUGACUGUGUGGAGACCCUGCCUAGUGGCCCAUUGGCUGUCGGUCUGUUACCGAUAAUUUGUGAUGCCAUCACAGCCUCCAACAAUGCCAUCCAAACACCUGCUGCAAAAUUGAAUGGUGUUGUUCAGUCACAGGCUCCCACUGUAGAAACAAACAAGUUAGAUCAAACUACCGGGCCGACUACGAAUUUGGAUGAGGAAUCAGACGACGAAUCUGACGCCCGACGUCUUCGACGUCAUUUACGUCGCACACAGAAAACGCAGGAGAUUAACGCGGCAAUGGUCGCAGCUGCAAUGCGUCAAAAUGAGUUGGACGCCGCAGCCGAGGUGCCGCCUGGCACGGUUCCGGCAAUGAACGAUCCUUCACACGUGGCCGUGAAUGGUGCCACGGUUCCCAGCACGGAUAUGAGUGCUAAAUUUGCGGCAACUUCCACUGAUGCGGCUAAAUCCGGACCGACCGAAUCUGAACCGAGCAGUACACGAAUUGAUGAGGUGCGUAAACGAGCGAAGCGAUGGAUUGCACAGCGCAAAAUUAGCAUGCAAGAAAAUGCUGGCCCACCACACUACGGUCCUGAGGUCACAGACGAUAGCCGCGAGGGGUCGGACGUAGUGGAUGACGCCGAUGGUCACCUGAUUUACAGCAUCGGGCAAUUUCUACUCGGGCGAUAUGAAAUACUCAAAACCCUUGGCGAAGGUACAUUUGGAAAGGUUGUGGAAUGCAAAGAUCAUGUACAGAAUCGCCGCAUCGCCCUGAAAAUUAUUAAAAACGUGGACAAAUAUCGUGAAGCGGCGAUGUUGGAAAUCAACGUACUUAACUUCCUUACCGAACGUGGAGCCAAUAUCGAUCACCUUUGUGUGACCUUAUUGGACUGGUUCGAUUAUCACGGACACAUUUGUUUAGCCUUUGACAUAUUAGGCUUGUCCGUAUUCGAUUUUCUGAAAGAGAAUAACUAUGUUGGCUAUCCUAUGGAACAUGUACGUCAUAUCUCCUAUCAGCUGUGUCAUGCGGUGCGUUUUCUGCACGACAACCAGCUGACUCACACAGAUUUGAAGCCGGAGAACAUUCUCUUCGUCGACUCCGACUACAUAUCCGUGCAUAAUCGGAAGAAACGUCGACAUGAACACAUGGUUAAAUGCUCCGAUAUCCGACUGAUCGAUUUUGGUUCCGCCACAUUCGACAAUGAUCAUCAUUCGACAAUUGUUUCCACUCGGCAUUAUCGAGCUCCCGAAGUGAUCUUAGAGUUGGGCUGGUCACAACCUUGCGACGUCUGGUCCAUCGGAUGCAUUAUGUUCGAACUGUACACCGGUUAUACACUAUUCCAGACGCACGAUAAUCGUGAACAUCUGGCUAUGAUGGAGCGAACACUCGGUCAUAUUCCCUAUCGAAUGACUCGAAAAUCCCGCACGGGGUUCUUCUAUCAUGGACGUCUUGAUUGGGAUUUCUAUAACCAAGAGGGCCGUUAUGUGCGAGAAAAUUGUCGACCAUUGCUUCGUUACUGCAAAGACGAGAGUCAAGACACACUGGAUCUUUUCGAUCUCAUGGCCAAAAUGCUCGAAUACGAUCCGACUGAUCGGAUUCCAUUGUCUGCCGCACUCACCCACCCGUUCUUCCUGCAUCUGCCAUCCCAUCAGCGCCUCACCUAUAAACCGUCGAACAUGCUCGAACUGCCCGGUACCACUCGUGGUGGUCCGAAUGGAGCCACUGACCGACGAACCAGUGGUCGGCGGGGUGACCGGACGGAUGGCUCCUCGUCAGCAUCCUCCACCGGUUCAGCAGACGGUACACUGCGAACCAAUAUCAUCUCGACGACCACAACCACUCGUUAG